GGCUGAAUUUCAAAAGCGUAUUUAUUUUUUGUUUACAAACUUUUUUAUUUAGAGUUAAAUACUAAAAAUGAGUUUCAAGAAUUAUAAGGACAAAAUUGACGAAGGCGAUACUGUUAUUUUAUAUUUGAGUAACAAUGUCCACGCAAUAGAAGUGCGGCCUGAAAUAAAAAACAAGAAGGGGGACUUGGUAGAGAAUGUUUUUCAAACAACAUUCGGUGCCUUGAAGGUUAAGAAUCUUAUAGGAGUUGAAUACGGAAGCCGGGUGGAACUGUCCAAGGGCUGGGGUCAUGUCUUACAGCCCACUCCUGAACUGUGGUCUGUGACCCUUCCUCACCGCACCCAAAUUAUCUACACUCCCGAUAUCAGUAUGAUUUUGUUACAACUUGAUCUGGUCCCAGGCUGUGUUGUGAUAGAAGCAGGCACUGGAAGCGGUUCCCUAACGCAUGCCCUAAUACGGCGCGUGCGCCCGCACGGUCACGUCCAUACGUUUGACUUCCACGAGCACCGCGCUAAAAUCGCACGAGAUGAAUUUGAAGCCCACGGCAUUGCCGAGUAUGUCACUGCGAAACAUAGAGACGUUCUCGAGCAAGGAUUCGGUGAGGAGCUGAACGGUAAGGCUGACGCUGUGUUCCUAGACCUGCCGGCUCCUUGGCUCGGAGUACCGCACGCGGUCGCCGCGAUGAAGGAAAAUGGUGGACGCUUCUGCUCUUUCUCGCCAUGCAUCGAGCAAGUCCAGCGCACGUGCCUGGCACUGACUAGCAACGGGUUCCAGGAGCUCGCAACCAUGGAGGUGCUGCAGACAGAAGUCAAAGUCACCAGGAGGACCAUCCCAGUCAGGGAUCUAUCUUUCUUGAAACACAAGGGCUCGGAGAACCCAGUGGACGAGAAGCCGACAUCAGACACGAGCUACGUGGUGGGAGGGUGGCCGCCGAGCGCGCCGGGGCACACCGGCUAUCUCACCGUUGCCACACUGCCUCCUCUAUUUCUAAGAGACAAGAAAUCGAAAGCGGAAGUUAGCAGCAAUGAAAAAUCAGUAUUGUCUGAAAAUGACGCAGCUAAGGAAAUAAGCACUUAAUUUAAAUUUAUUAAUAUAAUAAAAUAAAUUUGACUAAUAUGUACUUUUAUUUUGACUGGAAUGAGGGAAUGAGUGUUGAAUAAAAAUAGUUUUUGUUAGGUAAAUAGUAUAUUUUAAAUAAAACCUUAAAAUAAAUUAAUGGCUGAAAAUAUGUAUAAAUAAAUAAUUCCAUUAACACAGAAAACUUACACAUACGAGAAUUGGCAUUCGACACUUAAUAUUGUUGGGAAUAAUAAAAGACAGUGGAAAAUUAUUCCGUACAAAAAAUUUGGCAAUAAGAAUUUCAUAGUCUUAUCACAUUAUUUAUUGAUGUAUAGUUUCUACUAUAUUAGCACACUAAUUGCUGAAACUCUUGAGAACUUUUUCUAAAAGUGCAUGAUCGGUGAAUGAAACUGUGUUUAAGUAUGCCCAGGAUUUUUAGAUAACCUGUCGCAGUGAACGUAUUAAUUUGCUAUAGGAAGUUAUAGUGCAUCUUUUAGUGCAUUUGUUAGUCGAGCACAGUUUAAUUUACAAAUUUUCCACCUUAAAAUUUAAUGUUGGCUAAUAA